GCUAACGAACAUGUAUUCUCACGAACGUCACGAACGAAUUGACUAAGACAAGCAUACCUACAAAUAAAUGACAAGUUCUACCGUCGUUAUCGCAGUAUCAUGUUGUGAAUACGCGCUGUAAGAAACAGAAUUUAAACAAUAUGCAAACAUUACCGAAAUCUCAGAGACCUAAACGAGGAAGCCGCUAGAGCCACCCCCUAGUGGGAUUAGCGGUCAACACCACCAAAUGGAUCAACACCUAUAGGAAUACAGCAAUUCCACCACCUACUGUAAGUACGAAGUAAGUGGUAGGUACUGUAUCUUAGCUACCAGUGGUGAUCAAAGUAUCGUGGCUGCUGACCUGAUCAACUACAACAUUCCUCAGCUCAGCUCAUGCAUCGAUCGAGAUGGCACUUGUAAUGCCUCAGCCGGCAAUCGCAUUGCCCCCCUCUAUCACCUUCGACUCCAUACGCCUAAGCACCAAACCGACGGCCAGUUUGGAGUGUUCCCAAGUCCAGAGCGUCGGCCAAUCGGGAUGCUCUGAUAUCCUGGUCGUGUUUCUCAAUGGCCUCAUCGCACCACAGUCGUUCUGGCUGCCCGUCAUUGCUCUCAUGUUGCGUCGCCUCAACACGGCCGAUUCUAGCCCAGCAGGUGCUACAUCUCGCCCGCAGAUGCUGGCAUACGACCGCUAUGGCCAGGGCAGAACGAUUGAUCGCGACCCGGGUGAUAGUGAUGAGGGCAAGGAAGAAGGCUACGGUCACGAUACGCUAGACGUUGUACGUGACUUGCAUCAACUCAUCUCGCAGAUCACACAGAAGACGGACAACCAGCCGAAACGCAUCAUGUUCGUGGCUAAUUCUAUCGGGUGUGCUAUCGCUCGCUUAUAUGCUCAACAAUAUCCUAACACUGUAGCUGGUAUGCUGCUUCUUGACUCAGUCAUGGCCAAUUCGGACUUCGUAAGCAUAUUCCCCAACCCAAGUAAUCCUGACUUUGAUCCCGGAUCGUUGCCGCAAGACGUCACACCCGAAAUGUUGUUUGAAACGCGCAAAAAGUUCCGUGAGGUAUUCCACCCAAGUGUGAAGAACCCUGAGGGCCUAGAUCGGCGCAACCUCGCGAUACUGUUACCUGAUGCAGAUCGGCCUUUUCUCGAUCAUGGAUUUGCUGGGAAACCACUGUUUGUAACGGUAGUUGGUCAUGACCCGGACUGGUUCGCUAAGGAGAGUCUCCAAAGCUCGAUGGAAACACCAAUCUCCAUAUCCAUGAACUACACGAAUCCCACCUGGCAUCGUUACAAUGAAGGUUUGACGAGGCUGACGAGCCCAGACAAAUCAUCAGGUCCAAUUAUCGCAAAUAAUUGCGGCCACUUCAUCCAACGAGACGACCCAAGCCUUGUCGCUGAGCUGGCAUGCAGAAUGCUGGAGGCCAUUACGGAUGAUCUGUAACUCAAAGUGCUUUCCCGCUGUCAUUCGGAUAUAGGUGGGCCAUUAUAGCUGACACAAAAAUCGGGUAUUCAAUCGAAAGGGCCGGAUUCUCGGACACGACGCCACGGCCCGCCGGACUGAGGCAGAUCAUCCUCGCCUAUCUACAUAUGUCUGUGGGGUGCCGCACCGUCAGCAACACAAACUUCCACCCAAUCCAGUUGAC